AGCAACCUGCUGUUUAUCACACGCAGUCCCGAGCAUGUUGGUUGCUAUGGUAGACAAAUGUGACUGUUUGGUUUCUGCACAAUCCAUCACUGGCGCAGGAUUCGUAAGGUGUCCUCAUUUUCAGCAAUAAUAGAAGCAGAGUGUGUUGACCGCGGUCAUCGACGGAAGGACGAAAAACUUUCUCUCUUCGAACAUCACCCGCACCAACAAUGGGUGAUCGGAAUCUGGAACUACAAACCACACUAGUGCGCUACAACAAUCCGGUGCUGGUGGUGAAGCAUGUUGAAAAACGAGAACCAGCCGGCGAUGCAGCACCAGCGAAAGAACAAACAGGCCGUCCCGGGUCGGGUGGUGCCGUCGUUGUCGAUAGUCCCCGCGAGACAGAAGAAAUACUUAACUGCAUCUUGCCACCGAAAACCUGGGAAGAAGACGGUCAACUGUGGACGCAAACCGUAUCCAGUACGCCAGCCACCCGUCAGGAUGUGAUCAAUCUGCAGGAAAUGUUGGACACACGUCUCCAGCAAACGCAGGCACGUGAAACCGGCAUAUGUCCGGUACGGCGCGAGCUCUACACACAGUGCUUCGAUGAGCUGAUCCGGCAGGUUACCAUCAACUGUACCGAGCGGGGUCUGUUGCUGUUGCGGGUACGAGACGAGAUCGCGAUGUCACUGGAAGCGUACGAAACGCUGUACUGUAGUUCCGUAUCGUUCGGCAUCCGGAAGGCGCUGCAGGCCCAGGAAGGGAAGGAGAAGCUGCAGGAACAGAUACAGCAGGUCGAGCACGAGAAGGAACUGCUGCUAAACUCGAUCAGCGAUAUGAAGAUUAAGGCGGAUCAGGCCGAACGAAGGAAUGCGGAACUGCGUGCGUCCGAGGAGAAGAAACAUUCGGAGGAGAUUGCCUUCCUGAAGAAAACCAACGCACAGCUGAAGGCCCAACUGGAAGGAAUUAUUGCACCGAAGAAAUAG